AACAGCUCAGUAAAGUGCAGCCAAGUGUGCCCGACGAUGCUUUCCCAUUUCAGUACGUAUUUGAUUCUACUUGUGGCAGCUGGCGUCUGCCUCGCGCUCCCAGCCGGAGACGAUGCCCAGGCGGAGACCCUGAAGCUGGAGAGCGAGAACAAUGGCGUGGACAAGUAUUCCUUUGCCUACGAGACCAGCAAUGGCAUAUCCCGUACUGAGGAGGGCGUCGUAAAGCCCGGCGCCACCGAAGAUGACGGCUCGCUCUCUGUGACGGGCACCACCAGCUGGUCGGCUCCUGAUGGCAAGAAAUACGAGAUCAGCUUCACGGCCGACGAGACUGGCUAUCAUCCAAAGUUCCGACUGGUGGCCUAGGAUCCAUCGCUAGUUUAAGCCAAAUAAAGCGAGCAUUCCCAAAAUCCCAAAUACCCAA